GAGGGAGGAGAGGGGAAAACACAAACAAGCAAACAACCCACAACAAACAAAGCGGGCAGAGAGCAGCGCCGAGCCCCGCCGCCCCUGCCCCAAAGGCGCCCGCCCGCCCGCAGCCCGCACAGCCGCUGCCCCAGCGAAGAUGCGCCCGGCCCUGGCCCACGGACUCUGCUCGCUGCUGCUCAGCCUCUGGGUACCCAGCUCCUGCUCCAAUGAGAUCCUGGGCCUGAAGCUGCCGUCAGAGCCGGUGCUGAAUGCCAACACGGUGUGCCUGACCCUGCCGGGGCUGACGCGGCGGCAGCUGGAGGUGUGUGUGCGCCACCCUGACGUCACCGCCUCCGCCAUCCAGGGCAUCCAGAUCGCCAUCCAUGAGUGCCAGCACCAGUUCCGGGACCAGCGCUGGAAUUGCUCCAGCCUCGAGACCAAGAACAAGAUUCCGUACGAGAGCAUCAUCUUCAGCAGAGGCUUUCGGGAGAGCGCCUUUGCCUACGCCAUAGCAGCGGCUGGCGUGGUGCACGCCGUGUCCAACGCCUGCGCCCUGGGGAAGCUGCAGGCCUGCGGCUGUGACCAGAAGCGCCGCGGCGAUGAGGAGGCGUUCCGGCGCAAGCUGCACCGGCUGCAGCUGGAAGCCAUGAACCGUGGCAAGGGCAUGGUGCACGGGGUGCACAUGGAGCACAUGCCAGCAGAGACCCCUGGCCUCCAGGACUCCUGGGAGUGGGGAGGCUGCAGCCCUGAUGUGGACUAUGGAGAGAAGUUUUCCAAGGAUUUCCUCGAUUCCCGAGAAACCUACAGGGAUAUCCACUCCCGCAUGCGGCUGCACAACAACCGCGUGGGCCGGCAGGUGGUGAUGGACAACAUGAGGAGAAAGUGCAAAUGCCACGGUACCUCAGGGAGCUGCCAGCUGAAGACAUGCUGGCAGGUGACGCCUGAGUUCCGCCUGGUGGGGUCCCUGCUCAAGGACCGCUUCUAUGGGGCCACCCUCAUCCGGCCCCACAACCGGAACGCGGGGCAGCUGGAGCCGGGCCACGCUCGGCACCGCCGCCGGGCCGGCAUCAGCGAGCUGGUUUACUUUGAGAAGUCGCCCGACUUCUGCGAGCGAGAGCCGGCCCUGGACUCCUUGGGCACUCAGGGGCGCCUGUGCAACAAGACCAGCCCGGGCAUGGACAACUGUGAGAGCCUGUGCUGCGGCCGCGGGCACAACAUCCUGCGGCAGACGCGCAGCGAGCGCUGCAACUGCAAGUUCCACUGGUGCUGCUUCGUGGCCUGCGAGGAGUGCCGCAUCACCGAGUGGGUCAGCGUCUGCAAGUAGCCCGGCAGCGAUGGGUGCCCACCCCAGGGUGCCAGGGACAAGCACGCCUGCCUGCGGCAGGGGAGGGAGACGGGGAUUGGCGCCGGGGGGGAGGUGACCGCGAUACCCGCUUCCCUCCGCUCCGAGGGAGCAGGAGAGGACAUGCUCGGCACCCUCCAAAAUCAGCACUUUGUCGUCACCUGGGAAGGGCAGGGCUGCCCUCUGCCCCCCAGCCCCACAUGCGAGCACCAAGGCUCCCGGCCCCGGGAGCGCACGGCCACGCUGUACAGACCGCCGACACCAGCACCACUCGGGGGGGCGGAGGGUGGGCGUGGGAGGGGACUGCCCGCUGGCACCCUGCGCCACGGAGCGGGACGGGGUCGUGGACAGCACGGCAUAGGGAGCCCAGGGUGGGAGGGAAGUGGGGGGGACACACACUAGCACUGUGCACAAGUUCCUCCAACCACAUGUGCUCAGAGCAGGAUGGGGUUGGAGCGCCCCGUGGGAUGGAGAAGGGGCACAGCUCCCCGGGCUGGGGCUCACCUCUCACCUCUGGGCUGCCUUGGGCUAUUGGGUCAUGGCCGGAGGGGCGGGUGCCCGGGGCUGUGCUGUGUGUGUCUGUGUUAUUAUAUGGUAAGUUAUUUUCUGAUUGUGAAUAAAAGUGGAUUGGAGACAGCA